UAAGGAUUUUGUCAAAUCUAAGCUUUGUAACAAUGAAAUUUCCGAUAAAGACAAAUCCGAUAAUCUUAAAGACAAGGCCAAGGUUUAUAUUGAUGAAAUUUCUAAUAAUCAAUGCGUUGUUAUACAAAGUGAAUAUUGCAUAUUGUUCAAUCUGGAAAAAGGAAAAAUCAUCGAGUAUCCUAAGAAGAUUAGAAACAAAAUCAAACAUGAUAAAAGAGAAAAAGACAAAGAAAAAGAUGACGAAAAUGACAACGAAAAAGUCCACCUUUUAAAAACAGAAAAUGACGACGAAAAUGAAGGAAAAGGUCCACCUUUUGAAAAGGAAAAAGGUAACAAGAAAGACAACAAUAAAGACAAAGAAAAAAUUGAAAAAUACACUAAAGUUAUUUUUCAGAACAAUGGCAAGUCGAACUCUAAAUUAGCGAAAUUAAUGAUGUUGAGAAGAAGCCAUAAAGAUGAAAAAAAGUAUAAAAUAUAUUCCAUGGAAUAUAACAGCAAUUCUGGUGAUUUAAAACUUCUUAAUACACAUAAUAUUUAUAGUGAUGAAACCCCAAGAAUUUAUUAUGAUGUCAAUUAUUUUCUUAUUGCUGCUAGUCAUUCAUUGAUAUCGGAAUGGAGUCAUAAUCAUCGUUUUUACGAAAAAAGCUAUAAUUAUGAAAAAAAUUAUUACUUAAAAUCUAAUGAUUAUAUCGUUCUUAAUAAAAAACAUAAGGCAGAAGAAGCCUUGAUGGUGGCUGAUUAUCGUCGAAAUUCAAAGCUAGUAGUCUACUCAUUAGAGCGUAAUAUAGCAGUUUCAUCAUACGAAUUUAAGAAAAAAGUUUAUAUUAAAAAAGUAGAUUUCAUUUAUGUAAAAAAUGAUGACAUUUUUUCAUUUGCAAACGACGAGAACGAAAUCCACGAGGAGGAUGAUAAUUCGAAGGAACAAUUAACUAAAGGAUUAUUCAAUGAUAUUUUGACUCGAUAUUGGAAAUUAACAAAAGAAAAAGUAGAAGAAGAUUUAUCAAGCUUAGAAGAUAAAGUCAAUAAAAUUUCAAUAUUGGGCAAAACAGAAAGAAAAAAAAGAAUACUUAGCAAAAUUAAAAGGCAAAAAGAAUUAACAAAAUUAGAAAAUAAAAUCAAUGAAAUUAAUGAUUUGAAUCAAAAAGAAGAAGAAGAAUUAACAAAGUUAGAAGAUGAAAUCAAUGAAAUCAAUGAUUCAAAUCAAAAAGAAAAUGAAUACUUAACAAAAUUAGAAAAUGAAAUCAAUGAAACCAAUGGGUUGAAUCAAUAUUGGACAUCAACAACAGAAAAGGUAAAAGAUUUAGCAACAACAUUAGAAGAUAUAGUCAAUAAAAUCAAUGGUGUUACUUCGAAUCAAUCAACAGAAAAAGAGGACGAAAUCAAUAUAAUUGAUGAUGAUAUUUCGAAUCAAUCAACAAAGAAAAAAGAAAAAGAAGGUUUACCAAAAUCAGAAGAUGAAAUUGAUAUUUUGGAAAAAUAUUGGACAUCAGAGAAAUCAGAGAAAAAAGAAUAUUUAACAAAAUUAGAAAAUAAGAUCAAAAGAAUUAAUGAUAUUUUGAAUCAACCAACAAGAGGAAAAAGGGCUGAAGUUCUCAUUGCUAAUAAACUAUAUGAAAACCCUAUCAUUAAAAAUGGAAGGAAUUAUAAAUGGAUCAUAACUCAUAACAAAGAAUGUCAACAUAUAAAUAUAAAAUGA